UUCUUUGCUAUGUCAUCGUAGUCAGUGGUGGCAGAAAAGCGCUGCAGGCCCAGCUCGUUAGGCUUGAGAAGGGCAAGUGUUUUCAGUUAGAUUUGGGGGCAGUUCACCCUCUGGCGAGUUAGGGUGGAAUGUUUGCCCUUGAGACGGCGUAACGGAAAGGCACGGAGGUUGGGCGGUCCAGGUUAAUUUGAAGGCUGAUUUUGGCUGAAAGUCUGGCGACAACAUCGGAUCCCACGUAGCAACUUUGGCCUGGCGCGAAAGAAGGAAGCUGUGACCCCUGGGAGUUGUGGACAAAGGCUUUGGGCUGUAGAAUCGAUGCCUUCGGAUGAUUCCCGUUUGAGGAUGUUGGGAGAAAUCCUGUGCCAUGUGGAUUCGUCUUCAUUUACAGUUCUUCCUAGGGACUGUGGCUCUCAUUGGUCAUUCCUUUGGUUUUUAUUUUAAACAUCUACAUUAUAAAAGGUGGAUCAUCGUAAAGAAUAAUUAUGGGUUGGUGUAGAUUAUUUUCUGCAGGGGAAACUCACGUUUAGAGUGUGAAUAUGCUACAUCAUGACCUUGGGCUUUACGAAGUAGUCGCAGAGUUAAAAAAAAUUCUCUCCCUCACCAUAUCUGGAAAAUGACUUUUUCUUCGCUAGUUAAAAAUCAAAUGGAUCUGAUGAGAUAUUACUUAUUCAAAUUCUGUCUCCCUCCCGUUUCCCUCUCCGUAUCCCCUUAAGUCUUGAUUAGAAGAGGCACCUUACGUAUUGUUUAGUUACAAUGGUGAUUAAGUGGGAUGAAUCGUUGGAUAAAAAUAGCAGUUAUUUAAAAUGCGCUUUAAAUUUCACUAACUUACUCUUAAGUGACCUUUUAGGGACCCACUCUUCUUUUCGUAGAUAUUUUAACAGAUUAUUGUCUUCAAAUGAACACAAAGGCACAAAAAUACUUUUUGCAUUCAUAACUAGAAAAACGCAAAAUUUUAAUUGCAGACUACUUGAGGGUAAUUUUCGUGUUUUGCUUUUGUGUAAUUUAGUGUGUUAAGAGUUGAAUUUCUGGAGAAUUUGCUUAAGGAAAUAUAGCAUGUUGGAACCACAGAAGUGCCCAUUUUGAGAGCUGGUCUCUUACAGUUGGUCUCCAAGGUGUGUUAUUGUAGAGGCAUAAAUGGUACAUUACCCUACUGUCUCAAGGGCAGAGAAGUUUAAGCAUUAGUUUUGUUUAACUGUGGCAAAUGAGAAUAAACUUUUUAAAUAGUCUGCUUGAAUUGGAAUUCAUCAGAUUUGUGCUCAUGAAACUACUUAGUUAAAAGAUAGUUUUUAAGUGAGGUAGGAUAAAUUACUAGAGUUUUUUUGAAUUUGAGAUAUAAUUAUUCCUUGAAACGUCUCUAAUUUCUCUUGUAGAUGAAUUAAUGUUCCCAGGGUAAAUCCCUUUAAAAUUUUUUUAAAAGCUUAGGAGAGACAAGAAUAUGUAUAGCUUAUGGUGCUUUCUAAAAUAUCUUAAAAGAGUAGCUAAGCCAAUUUGCAUAGGAGGGAGUCUUGGGACUUUAAUAUGGAUAAAGUAAGUAUUCCAGAAGCCAUUUGUAGUUUUUGUUGAAGUGUUAGUAUGGAUAUUGGUUUGUUGAAGAAAAUAGGCUUUUUUUCUUUUUUUGUUACUGUGCAAAUACUUUAAUAGCAAACCUGAUUAAUAUUUUUCAGAUGUAGAAUGUGUGAAGUAAUUUGAUGUCUUUGCUAGUUUAGCUUCUGGUUAAUCUACGUACCCUUUUUUAAAGGAAAACAGACCUCAGUGAAUAUAUCUUCAGACCCCCACUUUGGGGAACAGUAGUACUUAAGUGUAAGUACUGGAUUCUGGAUUAACGCAACAUUUAUUUGUACAUUAAAAACAUGUAAAUUACUCCAGGCGCAGUGGCUCAUACCUGUAAAUCCUAGCACUGUGGGAGGCUGAGGUGAGCUGAUUGCUUGAGCCCAUGAGUUCCCUACCAGCCUGGGCAACAUGGUGAAACCCUGGCUCUACAAAAAAUACAAAAAUUAGCCGGGUGUGGUGGUGCACACCUGUAGUCCCAGCUACUUGGGAGGCUGAGGUGGGAGCAUUGCCUGAGCCUGGGUAAGUCGAGGCUGUAGUGAGCCAAGAUCGCACCAGUGCACUCCAGCCUGGGUAGCAGAGCAAGAGAGACCCUGUCUCCCCCACCAAAGAAAGUGAGUGUAAAUUAUAAUUAUUUAUUUGGCAAGUCUUCAUGAAAUAGUUUGGGUAUCCCUGAAAGUAUUAAAUGCAAACUUCUUUAAAAAAAUACAUUGAGAUUUUUCAGUAAACGGGUAAUCCCAGUAUUCCUAGUUAAUUUUUAAUUUUACUUUUCUACAUCAUCAUUUGGGUUUCCUUAGCAGAGUGCAGAAUAGUUGUUUGAAAUGGAAAUCUGCUAUUGGCAUUAUUAAUAAGAUAAAUAGCAUUUUCUGUUUGGCUUGAGAUGAAUUGUAACAGUUACUAUUUUUGCAGUAGAAGUGGUAUUGAGAUUUUUACCUUUAGGGAUAUUGUAGUAUUUGCCUUAAUUAUACUGGCUUCAUGAAAUUUGGUUCUGUGCUUGGAUGUAUGAGCUGUUUAUGUAGACCUUUAAAUUGUAUCCAAACAAUAGCCCAUAGGUUUGGAUUUAUUGUUUUAAAAAUUGAUUUUUGAAUUUCAGGCUUUGCUGUUUUAUUCAUUUAUUGUGUAAUUUUGAAUGGUUGCCUUAAUUUGAUUUGGUCUUAUGUUUUGAAAGGGAGGAGAACAGCACGAGAGUUGGAUGUAAAUAUGUACUAGAUUUUUGGAUUUUCAUGUGGCAAAAUGAUUGAAGGUCUUUUUUUCUUUUUUUUUUUUUUUUUUUUGAACUUUGGGUAUUGAGAUUUUACUUGUAGAACAGUUUUUUGAAGUAGAUGUAAAACUUGUGUACAGCAAAAUGUAUAGACCCUAAGGAUAGAAUUCAGUAAACCUUGAUAAAUUUAUACACCCAUGUAACUACUGCUGCAUUCAAAAUAUAUAACAUUUCCAUCACUCCUUUCUUCAUGCUACUUCCAAUCAAGGAGCAGUUGUUAAAUUUUCGGCAAGUUUCAAAUUUUUAAAUAAUUUUUAUGUGUCUAUUUGGAUAUUGUAUCUCCUUUUUGCAGAAGGAUGAUUAAUUUCCCCUUGGAACAACAGACCAUUUUGUAACACCCGUAAUUGUGGUUCCUUAUUCUGCUUCACUUUUGAUAGUUAAGUUGCUUUUACAGAAUUAACAGGUCUCCAAGAAAUUUUAAAAAAGGUCAUUAUUGCUGUGGUUUGAGCUCAGCAUGGCUGUAGUCAUCCGUUUACUGGGGCUUCCUUUUAUUGCGGGGCCUGUGGAUAUUCGUCACUUCUUCACGGGAUUGACUAUUCCUGAUGGAGGAGUGCAUAUAAUUGGAGGGGAAAUUGGGGAGGCUUUUAUUAUUUUUGCAACAGAUGAAGACGCAAGACGUGCCAUAAGUCGUUCAGGAGGGUUUAUCAAGGAUUCAUCUGUAGAGCUCUUUCUUAGUAGCAAGGCAGAAAUGCAGAAGACUAUAGAAAUGAAAAGAACUGAUCGUGUAGGAAGAGGGCGUCCAGGAUCUGGGACAUCAGGGGUUGACAGCCUGUCUAAUUUUACUGAGUCUGUUAAGGAAGAAGCAAGUAAUUCUGGAUAUGGCUCUUCAAUUAAUCAAGAUGCUGGGUUUCAUACUAAUGGUACAGGACAUGGUAAUUUAAGGCCAAGAAAGACAAGGCCAUUGAAGGCCGAGAAUCCUUACUUGUUUCUACGAGGUUUGCCUUACCUAGUAAAUGAAGAUGAUGUACGUGUCUUUUUCUCUGGUUUGUGCGUGGAUGGAGUAAUUUUCUUAAAACAUCACGAUGGCCGAAAUAAUGGUGAUGCCAUAGUAAAAUUUGCUUCAUGUGUUGAUGCUUCAGGAGGUCUUAAAUGUCAUAGAAGUUUUAUGGGUUCAAGAUUUAUAGAAGUAAUGCAAGGAUCAGAACAACAGUGGAUUGAGUUUGGUGGUAAUGCAGUUAAGGAGGGUGACGUUCUUAGGAGAUCUGAAGAACACUCUCCACCAAGAGGAAUUAAUGAUAGACAUUUUCGAAAACGGUCUCAUUCAAAAUCUCCCAGAAGAACACGUUCUCGUUCCCCUCUUGGAUUUUAUGUUCACUUAAAAAAUCUGUCCCUCAGUAUUGAUGAAAGAGAUUUAAGAAAUUUCUUUAGAGGUACUGAUCUGACUGAUGAACAGAUUAGGUUUUUAUAUAAAGAUGAAAAUAGAACAAGAUAUGCCUUUGUGAUGUUCAAGACUCUGAAAGACUAUAAUACUGCUCUGAGUUUACAUAAGACUGUUUUACAAUAUCGUCCAGUUCAUAUUGAUCCAAUUUCUAGAAAACAAAUGCUGAAGUUCAUUGCACGUUAUGAAAAGAAGAGAUCAGGGUCACUAGAGAGAGAUAGGCCGGGACAUGUUUCACAAAAAUACUCUCAAGAAGGUAACUCUGGCCAGAAACUGUGCAUCUAUAUAAGAAAUUUUCCAUUUGAUGUUACAAAAGUUGAAGUGCAGAAGUUCUUUGCAGACUUUCUUCUUGCUGAGGAUGACAUUUACUUGCUUUAUGAUGACAAAGGUGUUGGUCUGGGAGAAGCAUUAGUGAAAUUUAAAUCAGAAGAACAGGCCGUGAAAGCUGAACGUUUAAACCGACGAAGAUUCUUAGGGACAGAGGUGUUACUAAGACUUAUAUCUGAGGCACAAAUGCAGGAGUUUGGUGUAAAUUUUUCCUUGAUGUCCAGUGAAAAAAUGCAAGCUCGCUCACAGUCACGUGAGCGAGGUGACCAUUCCCAUUUAUUUGACUCAAAAGACCCACCAAUAUACUCAGUUGGUGCUUUUGAAAACUUUAGACAUCAGCUAGAGGACUUGAGGCAACUGGAUAACUUCAAGCACCCCCAGAGGGAUUUCCGGCAGCCUGACAGGCACCCUUCAGAAGACUUCCGACACUCCUCAGAGGACUUUAGGUUCCCCCCGGAGGACUUCAGGCACUCCCCAGAGGACUUCAGGAGACCUAGGGAGGAAGACUUCAGGCGGCCUUCUGAGGAGGACUUCAGGCGCCCUUGGGAGGAAGAUUUCAGGCGCCCUCCGGAGGAUGACUUCAGGCACCCUAGGGAGGAGGACUGGAGGAGGCCCCUUGAGGAGGAUUGGAGGUGGCCACUGGAGGAGGAUUUCAGGCGGUCUCCCACGGAGGACUUCAGGCAGCUCCCCGAGGAGGACUUCAGGCAACCCCCUGAGGAGGACUUCAGGUGGCUCCCAGAGGAAGAUUUCAGGCGGCCACCUGAGGAGGACUGGAGACGGCCCUCAGAGGAGGACUUUAGGCGGCCUCUUCAGGGAGAAUGGAGGCGACCACCCGAGGAUGACUUCAGGCGGCCCCCAGAGGAGGAUUUCAGGCAUUCCCCUGAGGAGGACUUCAGGCAGUCACCCCAGGAGCAUUUCCGGAGGCCACCUCAGGAGCAUUUCCGUCGGCCACCCCCAGAGCAUUUCCGGAGACCACCUCCAGAGCAUUUUAGGCGGCCUCCCCCAGAGCACUUCCGGCGGCCACCCCCAGAGCACUUCAGGCGGCCACCCCCAGAGCAUUUCAGGCGCCCGCCCCCGGAGCACUUCCGGAGACCGCCCCAGGAGCAUUUCAGGCGGCCGCCUCAGGAGCAUUUCAGGCGCUCCCGAGAGGAAGAUUUCAGGCACCCACCAGAUGAAGACUUCAGGGGCCCUCCUGAUGAAGACUUUAGGCACCCUCCUGAUGAGGACUUCAGGAGCCCCCAGGAGGAAGAUUUUAGAUGCCCUUCUGAUGAGGACUUCAGGCAGCUCACAGAGGAAGACCUUAGGGAAGCUCCGGAGGAGGACCCUAGACUUCCUGACAAUUUUAGACCUCCUGGUGAGGAUUUUAGGAGCCCGCCUGAUGAUUUUAGAAGUCACCGUCCUUUUGUGAAUUUUGGUCGCCCAGAAGGUGGCAAGUUUGAUUUUGGAAAGCAUAAUAUGGGAAGUUUUCCUGAGGGGAGAUUUAUGCCUGAUCCAAAGAUAAAUUGUGGUUCAGGUAGAGUAACUCCUAUUAAGAUAAUGAAUCUUCCAUUUAAAGCUAAUGUGAAUGAAAUUUUAGACUUUUUCCAUGGUUACAGAAUCAUACCUGAUUCAGUUUCGAUACAGUAUAAUGAGCAAGGCUUACCUACAGGGGAAGCCAUUGUUGCUAUGAUAAACUAUAAUGAAGCUAUGGCUGCUAUUAAAGAUCUAAAUGAUAGGCCAGUUGGGUCCCGAAAAGUUAAGUUAACUUUGCUGUAGAGAGAGAGCAUUUCUAAAUUCAGUUAUCUUCCUUGCAGUAUUGAUGGAGUAAAAUACAUUUGUUUUAAAAAAGUUUUUUUUUAAAAUUAUCUAAUGAAAUAUUUUAUUUUUGACCUGUGAAUAGAACAAAUGUAAAUAGUAGAAUGUGAAUCUGGUUUUCUUUUGCUUGCAAAUUGCCAUUCUUUUUUUUUCUAAUUUAAAAUUACACAUGCUUUUUUUUUUCUUUGAUGGGGAGAAAGAACUAAUUCCCUGAGUUCAUUCAUUUUUGUUGAUGUCAUCGGUAAGCUUCAAGACUUAUUGAAGUAGAGUUGUAUUUGGGGAAGAUACAUUUUAUAUUCACUUUUUUUUUCUUUCUGUAGUCUACAUCUUUUACUCAAACUGUAUAAGGAAAUAGUGACCGAUUGUUCAGGUUUGGCAUUUUCAUUGCUACCUGCCUGCAGAAUUAAUGCCCUCUUCCUUGUCUAAGAUAUUACUGUGUUAAGUGUCCUGUUAAUUAUAAAUAGUUCAAAAUGGACAGACUGUCAACUUGAAAUUUGCUUAUGUAAAAAGCUUAAGUGAUUCUUAGGGUUUCCAUGUUCAUAACUUUACAAAGUUUUAUAAAAAUAAAAUUGCAACUUAAUAGAGCUAA